CAUCAGUCUUCCCAAGGACCUCCAAGUGUUCGACACGCAGGAUAGCUUAACUAACAUCAACCUGAUGUGUAUAAACAAUCAACAAUGAUAUUUAUUUUACAGAGGACAUAAAAUGGAUUUUUUAGUGUUGUGAUGUGAUUCAAGUGACUGUUUUGUGGUUGUGUUACCAUUAUUUGGAUACUUUAUUGUGACUUAAGGCAAAAUGCCGAAAAUAUUUUUGAUCAAAAAUAGGUUGCACCAGCAACAGUUGAGGCUCGAGUCUCAAAACGCUGGGGACGCGAAAACUGAAUUAGGACUCGGCGAUUGCCAGCCUCUGUCAUUAAUCGUCCAGAAAAAAGAUGAUCAAGAAAAAAAGCAAGAAGAUCGUUCUAAAACGAAAACUCCACCGCCAGAUGUAACGAAACCUACAGGUACUCCCCCUCGACGAUUCAUCUCCUCCAUUCUUGGAGGAGAUAAACCUUAUGGCAGUAGAGGCCACGUACUUACCAGAGCCGAACGAAAAGAAUACCCGGCGUUAUUCAAACAAGAAAAAGUAAAUAUUCCGUCCACACAUAAACCAUCCGAAGACGUACCACGUCCGCCAAAUUUAGCACCGGUUCGACAAUUUUCCGUUAUUCAAAGAACACCGAAAUCUACGACGAAAAGAGAAGAAGAUACCGAUACGAGGGUACCUACGAAUUUAGUCAUACAAGAACCCGAACAGGAUCAGCCUAUCGAUUAUCAUAUACCUAAACGGAGAGGGGAAACGGAAGAUGAGGAGGAAGAGAGGAAAAUCAGGGAACAAAGACGGAGUCAUUGCUCGAAAAUCAUCAAUCCUCUUAUAUCAGUGAGGUCACUCAUUGGAAAAUUUCCUGUCACGUUAUCAGCUGCUGCGGGUCAUGGUAGAGGUACCACUGGUAGUCAAUCAUCGGGUAACCAAACUAAUAACUCAUCUACUAGUGGAGGUACCGUGAACUUUAGUGGGAGUGCUUCGAGUGGUGGAGGUGGUGGUGGCGGCGGUGGUGCGAUUGGAGGAGGUACAGGAGGAGGUGGAAUGAAUCCAGGAAGAGAUGGUAGACAGAAUUAUGGACCCAGUAGUCCACCAACUGGUAGCUUACCGCCCUUCUAUGAGUCCCUAAAAGGCGGCAACAGCAACAACAGUUUCAACGCCAAUGGAAAUUUCCCUUCAAACUACAUACUUUCGAAUCAACAAAACAUGGAUUGCGAUACCGGACAAGAAUUAGGAAAUUUAACAAUUAACGGAAAUCAGAGCCCACCAAAACAAUAUUCGACCCUCCAAAACGCAUCCUACGGUAUUAUAAUGAAAGAUGAAAGCGAUUUGGAAUUGUACGAAGGCAAAAUGGAUCCAAUGAAUCAACUUCUUCCUAGUGGAUAUUCCAAUUACGACGAUUCGAUGAUGGUUGAUUUAGUGACAGGUACAGUUGUAGAUCCUCUGCAGUUCACUGCGACAUUAACAUUUUCUAGCGCGGCGGAAAACGCUUUGUUGGAAAAUUUCCCGGACGCUACUGAUCUCUCAUCAUUUCUACAGAGAUUACCUAGUGAAGAAAAUGAUAGCGAAGAAGUUGGUGCGGGAAAUAUGCACUCACCAUCCAUGACACCCGAAUCUCAAUUACAGUCUGUUGAACAAAAUCUAGAUUCCUUCAGUGAGCAAAUGCUAAAUCGGAAUUACGAAAGCAGAAGCUCAUUUCCUCAUAGUCAUUUUUCUAAAAUAUACCAAGAUACUUUGCCUCCUUAUCAAUCUCCUCUCCAUGAAAACUCUCUUCAACUCCAUCAACAACAAAUGUUAUCUCCCUCUCUAUCAUUCAACGGGAGCGGUUUGGAUCUGGAUUCUCCUACAACUAUGAGUUUGCCUUCGCCCGGAGCUGCGAGCUGUUCUUUGGACGGACCACAUGGAGAUGGAAGUCCGAUAAGUCCACCAGCUAAUGUGAGUCGAAGGAGAGAUAGUACUAGCAGCGAAGCUCCCUCUUUAGGAGCAAGGGUUAAUGUGUUGCAUAGGUUGGGGUUGCCGUCAGAAGUGCAAUUAGAAUUCGUAAAUGGAGGUCACGGCAUCAAAAAUCCUCUGGCGAGUCAGGAUACGGUACGAAGCAAUUCGAGAACUGAUGAUAAAACCAAAGUAGGAUCAAUCACGACAGAAGAUGGCCAAACAAGCUUCGCUUGUAGGAUAUGCAAUAAGUCUUUUGCUCUUCAACGUUUAUUAAAUAGGCACAUGAAGUGCCAUUCCGACGUCAAAAGGUAUUUGUGUACGUUUUGCGGUAAAGGAUUUAACGAUACUUUCGAUCUGAAACGGCAUACGAGAACUCAUACAGGUGUCCGACCUUACAAAUGCAGCCUUUGUGAGAAAUCAUUUACACAGCGGUGUUCUCUCGAAUCUCACUGCCUUAAAGUACACGGAGUACAACACCAAUACGCAUAUAAAGAACGCCGAACAAAAGUUUAUGUAUGCGAAGAAUGCGGUCAUACGACAAAUGAACCAGAAGUUCAUUAUCUUCAUCUCAAAGAAAAACAUCCUUACAGUCCCGCUUUGCUCAAGUUUUACGAUAAAAGGCAUUUUAAAUUCACGAACUCCAAUUUUGCAAACAUGCUGUUACAAGAAAUGGAAAGUAGAACAAGGAGUCAAGUCUGACAUUGUCUGUCCGUCGUUGAUAUUCAAUUCCCAUAAUGCAAAGUCGUCACAUAUUCUUUGCAUGUAAGACGGAGACUAUAAAUAAAAAUCGGGUUUUUUGUGCAAUCUGGUGGAAGGAACUGGGUUUUUUUUUAAUUUUAAGUUAGUUUUAGUUUAUAAAAAAAAUGUUAAAUAUUGGAGCGGUGUUAGAAUUUGGAAAAAAGUUUCUAUAAAUACAUUUGAAUCUAGUCGAUUAGAACAGCUAGAAAAUUGGAUGUGCACUAAUAAAAAAUGCAAAAAGAUGCAAUUCAAUAAUAAUUUAACGUUUUUCGUAUUUAUUUACACACUAUACACUAUUUAUAAUAAUUCACUUAAAUAAUUUUCACGAUUACUUUCACUAAUUCGUUCGUUUUACCACGACUAUUUAUUUAAAACUAACUAACUGCGUUUACAUAAAUCAUUUAUAUACCAAAAUAAAAUUUUACAAAGUUCUAGAAUAAAAAGAAACAAAUAAAUAAGACUUUCCAGCAAUUAUUUAGAAGAAAUACUGUAAAUAAACCGCCUGCUACUAAAUUAAAAAACAUCAAACGAUUUAUAAAAAAUAUGGAAGACGUCGCGAACUUAUAAAAGCACGCGGUGCUUUCUAUAACAUUUUUAAACUAAUUUUGCGUUUUGUAGCUAAUAGAUCUGAGUCCAAAUUUUUCACUUUCCAUUAUUCUUAGUUGACUGAAACAUAAAUACGUUACGUGUCUCUAAAAUAGAAUUUUAUUCCUAUGCUAAGGUUUUUUUUUUUAGUUUUUAGUUUGAUUUAUGCUAAAAGCGUGUUUCUCGUUAUUUUUAAACUGUAUUUUUUGAAAUUUUAAACCUGUCUUUAAUACAUACAGAGAUGUUGAUGGUUGCAUCUCGAUUUUAUAAGUUUGGAACUGCGCGCUCUUGUCAUACGAAACACAAAACGAAAUUUAUGAUUACUGGCAAAUCUAAUCAAGAAAAUCAAAUAUUUUGAUCGAAUUAUUGCAUUGGCAAAUGUGCGAAUUUUAAAUUAAAUCUUAUCGCUCAAAGUUGGGCCAAACUCGAGGUUAAAAAGUCAGUUACAGAGUUACAGACAUAAAAAUAUACGGGUGAAACCUAGAACGAGAUUUAGAUCACAGUUUCCGAAAGUCGCGUUCAAUUUUCGGAGGACAUUUCAAAUUUAAAACAUUUUGAAAGGUACGUUUUUCCCACAUCAUUUUUCUAAUCAGGCACCUUUUUUGAAGGAUUGAAAACAGGUUUACCUCCUACCAUCAUUUUCAACUCAACAAAACUUCUUCUUUUGAAAAACAUAUGACGGGUUUUUCAUUAAUGUCUUCUUUUUGCGUGAAAUGUGAAAGAUUUUUCAUAACUGCACAAUUUAAAACUUUUACUUUCCUUUUAAAAGGUAUUGAAAAUAAUGAUAGACUUACGAAAGGAAUAAUUAAUUGAAUCUUAGAAAUAGUGCUAGUAAUAGAUACACUGAAGAAAUAUUGAAACUACUGUACUGCAAAUUGUCGGAAGUGUUAUGAACCUUCACGCACUGUUCAAAGAAAGAUUAUUAGUGCGCAAUCAAUUCUGAAUCUAUUUUGGUCGACCUAUACUGUGUUCAAUCAGUUGAAAAUACUUUGAAAUCCCAUUUUCAAAUUUAGUAAUAUUAUAGUCCCAAUUAUUUUGUAAAUAUUAUUUUUUAGUUAUAUACCCUCUCGAAGAAUUGAUUAAUAUUUUAAAAUAAAAAAAGCCACAUCAUUUUAUUAUUUUUUAACGACCUUUAAAUAUCACGUGAAACAUACACUUCGUUAAAUUGACCUUAGUUCUAAGAUCAAACUCAAUAAAGUUGAUUGAAACCAAAAAAAUUAUUUUUCAGUACAAAAUACAGGUAAACAUAAAAAUUAAUCUGUAAUAUUGGAGGUUCAUUGAAAAAUGUCCAAAACUUUAAUCAAGGUAUGUUUCUUGAUCUACCUGACAUUUCGUCAACUUCUACGUUUGGCAUCUUCAGAAAUUGUUUAUUGACUGCAAGCGACUACUGAAGAUGUCAACUGCACAAGUUAUUUUCGACUUAAUACCCCAAAAAAACGAAUGCCGAAUUCAGCUGGAAAUUUAUCAUUGUCAAUUUAGUUUGUUCCUGAAAUACUGAAUGAAUAAGGAAAGUUUUUGUAGUGUCAACUUCUAGGAUUCUGCGUAUUAGCACUGCAUCCUUGAAGUUAUCAUAUAUAACAUAUUCCUAUGGAGUUAAAUCCGCUAAGCAUAGAUGCCACGGAUUGUUAUUAUACCAGCAAAUCAGAGCUACAUUAAACUUUAUAACAGUCCGAGCAUUAUACAGCUAAAGACUCAAUCAGAAAUUGCGGAAUGGACGUGCGUCGCGACUAUUGAAAUACGUAGAGAGCUAAUCAGCACUUUGACGUAUUUUUUGUGGCCCACCAUGUUCACAUGGAGCGGUUUUAAAGCAGUUAAAAGAAAGAACGCGAGCAUGCGCGCUCUAGACUUUCAUAAAUGUCAAACAUAGUUUAACUUGUUGAGAAACUGUCAUAAUGUGAAUGUCAAAAUCAUAACCUCACUUUGUGUAGUUGUGUAGUUUGUAGUGGCAGAUAUGCUAAAAAUGACUUGUACGUGCUUAUGAGUGUUUAUAUAACAAACAGUCGACUGAACACACGGACGUGUCUUAAUCAAGUUUGUUUUGUGAACUGGUGUGUGACUGUGUGAUAGUUGAUCAUGAGCACGUUAGGAUCAUUUGAUUUCAAGGCUCCAGAGGUAUCAAAGCAACUGGUCGCGUUGGAAAAGGCAAAUCACCUUACUGCUGAAGUAUCAAAAGGUUUUGGAUGUAGUUAACGGAAAGUUAACAUUGACUGCUCUAAUAAGGAUGAAUUCGAAACCAAGGACUCGUUUGCUCAGUUCUUUUUGGUGAAUACGCUGAACGCUACCAAUGAGGAACUCUCACGUAUUCCUGUGAAACGGCUAAAGAUAUUCGAGCGAGGUUGAGUUCUGUGUAUGAGCUGAGGUCAAGUAAGAGAUUAAAUAGACUUUUGGUAUCUGUCUUUUCUUAUGGAAUCAUGAAUGAAAAGAUCAAGCUGGAACACGUUUCAAGUCAUCAUCAACUUGCCGAUAUGUUUGCGAAGAGUCUUCCUGCUCCUGAGUUCUCAACAAAUGAAAAAUCCAUUGAAAUUUGGGGGAAGGUGCUGGAGUUACCUACCUCGUACCUGGUCAAACACAAAAAAACAAUAAUGGACUUACCGUUUGAAUAUUGAUUUCACGAAAACGGAAACUAUUUUUUUUUGACAUUGACAUUCAAUUUGUCGAAAGUUUUUAAUUUGAAUUUAACUGAAAAGUCACGAAUAUUUCACCAUCGUCACAGAAGCUAUUUCACUUUUACUUCAAUAUAAAUCAGUUAAAUACUCGAAAAAACAUUCAAUAAUUUACAAAUUAUAACAUGAGGCUUUCACUUUAUUUUUUCUGUUUUGCUAUUCGUUAGUAUUUAUCUCAAAAACGCCUCGUAAACAAUGGUCGUGAGUGCUUAGUGGAAUGCACCCUAAUAGUACACUGAACAUCGAAAUACAAAUUGAACGAUGUGAUGUUUGACACUUUCAUACCCAAAAGUAUGUUCGUGUGAUUAAUUCUGUUGUGAUUUAAGAGAUUAUGAGGCAUUGCAAUUGCACGAGUGUCGAUUUUUUGUUCAGCUAACCACUAGCUGAUGUAUUUUAUCUUUUAUAAUGUGUUUGAUUAAUUAUUUGGUAUGAUGGCAGCGUAUUUAUUUAAUUCAGUGACACAUGCGUCGAUUUGUUGAUUGGAGCACUCCGUUCCGCAAUCACAGGGUAUGUUAGGUUAGGGUAUGUUCGUGUCAUUAAUUCUGUUGUAAUUGUGGUUUAAGAGAUUAUGAGGCAAUCCGUUUGCACGGAUGUCGAUUUUUAGUUCAGUUAACUCCUAGCUGGUGUAUUUUAACUAUUAUAAAGUGUUUAGUUAAUUAUUUGUUAUGAUAUAAGCAUUUUUAUACGAAGUUUGAUACAUUUUCGAUUGGCUUUUUUCAUUUUGAUAAAAUACCAGGGGGUGAUGGAAUUUUUCUGAACUUUAACGCGUUCCAUUAUAUAAAUUCUGGUGCUUCAUAGAUAUACGAUAAAACUAUGGUGCUGCAGAAUAUUUUCACACAUUUUGAUAAAACGAAAUGAAAUUGUUGUGAUUUAUUUUACUAUUACAACGAACAAAUUAUGCAAUACUUUUAGAUGUUUUGUUAGAAUGCGAAUUUGUUAUUUUUUUGGAGUGAGUGUUGUUUGUACAUAAUAAAUAUUAUUAUGAUUUUUUUAAGUACCUAUUUGUUCAUCGUAUAGUUGAAUUUUGUGUUAGUGUGAACUAUUUAAUUUGUUUGCCAGUGUACCUAGAAAUAUCGAGAUGAAUUUUAAUAUUAUUUAUAUGUUUUUCUUCUUACGUUACAGUAUUCACGUUUCCUUCAAUGUAUAUUUUUGUACUUAACACUAUUGAACUGAGUUAGAUCCAUCGAGAAUUUAUUUUAUUUAAAAAUUAGCUUUAACUCUAUCACAUUACUUAAUAUUUAUCAGUUCAUUCUCAGUUAUUACUCAUUGUAGAACAAAAUAUUAUGUAAUUUUCCUAAUGUUGUUAUACAAUAAAUUAUAUUCAUAUUGA